AGACUGUCUGCUCCCCCAGGAUCUUUGAUAAUCUCUAGUUGCCUGGAUUUUUCCUCGUUUACGCCUUACUACGGCCAUACGGCUUUUGAGUGAUUACAUACAAGUCUCUCUGUUUUUGUUGAACCGAAUUCCUCCCGUUCAUCUUAGAUUGUAUUGGAGUUAUCUGGCGGCGGCUGCCUGCUACCUGUCUCUUAUCCUAAGCUCCGUCUUGGUUUUGGUAACAAGGGACUGAGUGGUUUCUGACCUACAGAUUCAAAGAGAAGUCUACAAGUGCAACAGUUUGAAUCGCAAUAUAUUUCCAUACCCACUUUGUGAUAUUCGCAACAUGUCGGCUAGUCCGCGCCAGUGGUUGAGUCCGAUGGAAACCAAGGGAAGCAUCAAUCACUAUUUCGAUAUGGAUGCCGAUUUCCAGUUCCUUGGAUGCGAUAUGGACAGCGAUCUGCUACCGAAUCUGUAUGAUUUCGACGCCACCUUUGGACCCUUGGAGGGUUGUGAGAAUGAGGUAGAAAGCAGGUCAAACGUGGUAAACGGUGUUGUGCCUUCCGUUCAGACCAUUGGUAACUCAUUUGAGUCCAACUCUACAUCGCCUCAGUCUGCAUCAGAUUUCACGACUCCUUCUUUUGACAAUGCUUACUUGUCACAAUACGACACGCCCCUCGAUGCAGAUGAGCAGUCGUUCCUGCAAUUGACGUCUGCCAUUCGACAGCUAGUACAUGCCAAAGCAGAUGCGAGCCCGAACUGCGCAUCAAACAAGGAGAAGCGAAGGGACGCUGCAAUCUCACUGCACCUUCAGCUAUUGCAAGAUUUUCCUGUCGACGAGCCAUGCGUUGUCUCUGAUUCCUCUGUUUCUGGUCAUUCUUUCGACCCCUGUUCUGAGUUCCUAUCUUGCGCCGAUUCCCCACUGUCCGGGACAAACAGCUUUAGCGUGGAGUCUCCGAUACAGGCUACGAAAUCUCCGUCGACACCUUCUUCAUCCGCAUGCGUGUCAAAGCGAGAAAGCCAGCGGGCUACUUCGAGGUGUGCUAACCGCGGAAUUGAGUUGGUUCUCGAUUUGAAUAUGAAUGAGACCGCAUCUCGGCCAAAAAAGCAGAAGCCCAGGACCCAGUCACAAAGGGAGAGCUACAUCAACGCUCGCAGGAACGGCGCCUGUGAGAAGCACAGGAAGCAACAUAAACGGUGCCAUUGCUUCGACAGUGUAUCUACAUCUAUGAGCUCUGUCAAGAAGAUAAGGGCACAAGAUAGACCAUCACCGGUACAAGCAGUACAAGAACGCAACAACAAGGUGUUGCAGCUCGUUCAAGCAGGCCACGAAGCUCUCAAACAAGGUGCCUCAACAGCCGCAGAGUCAGUUGAUGCCCAUCUUUCCCUGGCUGAGACGUAUACGUGUCUCUUCCCCGGUUGUACAUUUACAUGCACCACUGUUCCCUCGCUCGAGAGACAUUACUAUCGGCAUUCCGAUGGGUCGUCGCCAACCGUCUCGCCCACCAGUGACACACAGCGAGUUCGAUCCCGUGUGUCGCACACACCACAAUACGUCGACCGUCCCGUUUGGGAGAGCUCGUCCUCGGACGCGAACGCUGUAUCGGCAACCGAAUCUCCGUUCGUACAUACACAAGGCGGACUGCAACCCAAACAUCUGGAUGUCCAUGUUAUACCAAGGUCGUCGUCGACAGCGGGUGUCCCCGACUCGAGCCAGCAGCUUGACUACACGUCGUCCUACGCUAGAACGGCAUCGGACAACAAGUCAGGCAGCCCUGAGCAGUAUGAUGGCCGACAAGAAUUCUGGCGCGACAGGCAAGUUAAGCCACAGAGCUCUGUACCUAGCUCUGUACCUCUUGAAAGCCCAAGCGAGCGCAACGCCGUAAAGGACUCGAGCAAAAGACGCGGAGACUCGACCAUUAAUUGGUUGGCCCAGGCUUACACAGAGAUUCUCUACCGCGGAUUCGUUGCCAUCAGUUUUUCAUGGUUUUUCAGCAAUCUUUUUGGCUGGUUGCAAAAUUUCGGGAGUCUGUCGAUGGCUAUUUCCAGCAGUCGACAGCCUCACGUAUAUGGCCCCCUAUUUUGAAGAGGAUAUCGGGCACAUGUCUGCAUACGUUGUCCCAUCGUGCAUAUUCCCACCGAUGAUGUGGAAAUGAUGUGGACGGUCGCAGCAAUACAGGAGUUUAGGAGGAAAAUUGUUUUUGGUUCAAUUGGCUUUUGAGGCCAUCUUAGCGGUCUAGAGCGUGAUACAGCUUUGCGUUUCAUGCAAUAUCAGAAUAAGGGCUCUUCUAUGCAUGUAUCUCUAUCAACAACACAUCUCUCUAGAGAAUUGCAUAUGAGAUUUGAAGUAGUAUGAACUCGUGCAUAAACCU